AUGCGCUUCCGCAUGUUUCCGUCUUUUGUUUUUCUAGUCCUUCACCUCUUGUUGGCUUGCUACCCUAAUGUGUCAUUCAGCAAACCACUUUUCCAGCCGUACGAUGCCAGUCGUCUGCGACUGACUACACAAUUGCAAGGCAGCUAUGUCCAAAACUUUGACACUUACAACCGCGCCAAUGUAGCAUUGGAAACAAAGUCGCCUGCCUUUAACCCUGACGAAGCUGACGAAAUCUUGAACGUCGAAUGCAAAGAUGGAGACGUGAUUGUCAUGAAAAUUAGAGACCCCGUUGCAUUAAAGGAGGUGCAACAAUGGCCGGCAAACGUGAUAUUGAUGAUUAGCCAUGAUUGGCAUUGCUUCGGCAAAGAAGAAACAUUGUUUUACAUGACAUACGAUACCAAUGUUGACUUUGAAAAAGAGGAAGCAUCCUUUCAAGUGAAUCCAUGCGACAUAUCCAAUCAUACAGAUACGUUCUCCUUAAGCUUAACAUAUCAUAAAACGACAAAACAUGUUCCAGACACUCCCACCCCGGACGUGAAAGAGACAAAGAAAAUGGGCAUAUUUGCACGGAUAAUAAACUUCUUCAAAAGACUGUUUAGGAAGAGUGAGCAGAAAGUCAAAAUGGUGAUUGAAAAUAACAAAGAAGUUAGCGUAUACAAGGAGAAUGUAGUCGACCUCAAUUUUCUGUACGAUUCGGAAAAAAACGCGUCUUCUAAACGAAACUUUGCCUUGUCCACCGCGCAACCCGGUAUCUCACAAUCACUUAUUUGCGUCGAUUGCUAUACGCAUGGGAAAGCCGCUAUAACUUUGCAAAUUGAAGGAAAGAUGUUACCCCGCGUUAACAUCUCAAAAGCGUUUAUCUCUGUCAAUGGUGAUUUAGAAUUUAACUUUGACAUUAGACUCGAUAGGGGUCUACCGGUUAUUGUCAAGUCGAGCGAUGUCCGCAUCAUGUCACUGUCACUCACUCCAUUCCACAUCCCCGGCCUAUUCAGCAUUGGGCCCGAAUUAUCCCUUACGGCUGCUGCGGGAGCAACGACCACCGUCAUCGGCAGUAUAUAUACGGGCGGCAACAUAGCGUAUCGUAACUUUCACAUCGAGGCUUCGCUGACGGGUAGUCAUCCGCAAUUGAAAACAACAGGAUUCGAGCCAAUUAUCACACCGAAAGAAGUCUCUGCCGAUUUCGCCGUAGCAUCGAGUAUGUUUGGGACCCUGAAGCCCCAAUUGUCAAUGAGCGUGAACCUUUUGAACGGUGCACUUGUGACCAAGGCUGGACUUGAAUUUGCUAGCACACUUGGCGCAACUGUUUUGGUUGGUGGCCAAUCAAUGUGUGCAAAUAAUAGGCAACUACACGUCGAAACGAGUUUCGGUCAUGGCUUGAGAUGGUUUGUGCAGGGCAAAAGUUCGACUUUUGUUUCAUUUCAACGGAGAAUUGUUGGGAAAAAAUGCGUCUAG